GCGCGGACGGACCGGAGUGGAUCCGGGAUGCGAACAGAUGCCGCUGGACGAUGAGAGAAAGUGGAGUGACUGAGCCGCAGCGAUAAGACGCCGCAAAAUGAAGACACCCAUGCGCCAUGGGAUAGCUGUGCUCCUCGUGCUCCUCCUGUGCGCCAGCUUGUUCCUCGUGUACAACGGCAGCUUCAACGGCGCUUCCAGAGACGCGAACGACACGCGCACCCGGCAGCAUGAACAGGUGCGGCGGCCCACUGAAGCCCCCGUCAGGGUGGCCAAGCCUUACCCCCCGGUCCUCCAGGGAUACAGCGGCAUCAUCGACCAUAAGCCUCCCAGGAUGCACUGCCAGACCUGCGCCCUCGUGACCAGCUCAGGUCACCUCAUCGGAGGCGGCAGGGGUGAAGAGAUCGACAGCGCCGAGUGCGUCAUCCGCAUGAACGACGCCCCCACCUCCAGGGGUUACGCCCGAGACGUUGGCCGCCGCACCUCCCUGCGCGUCAUCGCUCACUCCAGCAUGCAGAGGGUCCUACGGAGUCGCCACGAGCUGCUCAACGCCAGCCAGGACACAGUGUUUAUCUUCUGGGGCCCCAGCAGCUACAUGAGGCGCGACGGGAAGGGCCUGGUCUACAACAACCUGAGGCUGAUGAACCAGGUGCUGCCAAAACUCAAAGUGUACAUCAUCUCCUGGCAGAAGAUGCUGCAGUUUGACGAGCUUUUCAAGAAGGAGACCGGCAAGGACAGAAGGAUAUCAAACUCGUGGCUGAGCACCGGCUGGUUCACUAUGACCAUCGCCCUGGAGCUGUGCGAUAGGAUCAAUGUCUACGGCAUGGUUGCCCCUGACUUCUGCAGGGAGCCUCAGCAUCACUCCGUCCCUUACCACUACUACGAGCCACGUGGUCCAGACGAGUGCGCGAUGUACAUUUCUCACGAGCGUGGGCGGCGGGGAAGCCACCACCGCUUCAUCACAGAGAAGCGAGUCUUCGCCAACUGGGCACGGACUUUUGACAUCCACUUCUACCAGCCGGACUGGAGCCCCCCGCCUCUCCCGGCCAACCAGACGCUGGAUUGGACAUUCACAGCAGCUCCAAUGGUCCCCCAGAAGACGUGACCUGUGAUAAAGAACAUGCUUUAGAGAUUCAAUAAAGGAAGACUGGCGCUGAGGGCUGUCGGACCCUUAACAGAAAGGAUAAAACAUGAUGUAGGCAAGAAAAAUAGCUCCCACAGAUGAAGACUGAGUCUUGUUGAUCCCGCUGGACAUUUGUUUUGAACAUCUCUCCAGCUGCAUCUUCAGCAGUGUGUUUUGUUUACCAAGUUGAACCAGUUCAAAGCUGUGCAUCUAUUUGUACAACCUUGUAAAGCGAGUUUAUAAAGGAGGCAACAUAAUCACACACUUCACCCUCAGUGCAUGC